CUACAUUUCAAGGUGCUCUGGAUUGCCAAUUUGAUCAGGAUACUUUACAUGGCAUCACCCAGCAACUACUCCACUACCUCAGUCUCUGAAUUCUUCCUCAUCUGCUUCCCCAACUUCCAGAGCUGGCAGCACUGGCUGUCCCUGCCCCUCAGCCUCCUUUUCCUCCUGGCCAUGGGGGCCAACGCCAUCCUCCUCAUCACCAUCUGGCUGGAGGCCUCUCUGCAUGAGCCUAUGUACUACCUGCUCAGCCUCCUUUCCCUGCUGGACAUCGUGCUCUGCAUCACUGUCAUCCCCAAGGUCCUGGCCAUCUUCUGGUUUGGCCUCAGAUCUAUCCGCUUUCCUGCCUGUUUUCUCCAGAUGUUCAUCAUGAACAGUUUUCUGACUAUGGAAUCCUGCACAUUUAUGGUCAUGGCCUAUGACCGCUAUGUGGCCAUCUGCCAUCCAUUGCGGUACCCAUCUAUCAUCACUGACAAGUUUGUGGUUAGGGCUGCCACCUUUGUUAUAGCCCGGAAUGUCUUCAUUUCCCUUCCUGUUCCCAUCCUUUCUGCCAGACUCAGAUACUGUGCUGGGAACAUCAUCAAGAAUUGCAUCUGCACUAACCUGUCUGUGUCCAAACUUUCUUGUGAUAACAUCACUUUCAAUCGGCUCUACCAGUUUGUGGCAGGCUGGACCCUGCUGGGCUCUGACCUCAUGUUGAUUGUUCUCUCCUACUCUUUUAUCUUGAAAGUUGCUAAGGCUGAGGGUGCUGCGGCCAAGGCCCUGAGCACAUGUGGUUCCCACUUCAUCCUCAUCCUUUUCUUCAGCACAGUCCUGCUGGUUCUGGUCAUCACUAACCUGGCCAGGAAGAGAAUCCCUCAAGACAUCCCCAUCUUGCUAAACAUCCUGCACCACCUCAUCCCUCCAGCUCUGAACCCCAUUGUUUAUGGUGUGAGAACCAAGGAGAUCAAGCAGGGAAUCCGGAAUCUGCUGAGGAGAUUAUAA